AUGCGCGCGUGUCCGUGUAGCUCUUCUUACGGAUUUCAACACAUCUAGCGCAGUCGCUCAGCUGGCCUGCAGAUGAAAUAACGCAACCGAAGUAAUCUAGAUAAACUGAGGAGGCACGCCUAGUUGCCUCGAAGCGCUCACUGACACCAUGCCGCCCUUCAAAGAUGAGCACAUUCUGAUUAUUGCACCUGGAUCGCAGACGACACUCGCGCAGCUCGGCUUACCGGAGUCCUUCACACCGGCCCGUCUUCGAUUUCCUACGCGCAUGUUCCCUGCAGAAACGAAAGGUCAAUGGGAGCCCCAUAAAGUGCGCGCGAGGAAGGUCCCGAAGAUAGCUGAUUUAAGUGGAUCGGUGGAAAAUGGCGAUAAGAAAGAUGAGAGUAACAGCCAACAAACUGCAGCCGGAGAGGCUCAGCAGAUGGAGAGCAAGGACGCCAAGCCAACGGCUGGUGGUACCGAGCCAGUGGCAGGGAAAAUUGAUUCACAGGAGAAGCCCGAAGAACCUCGCACUGAAGGCGAGGAUGUUGAGAUGAAGGAUGCGGACUCUACACCCACCCAAGAUCAGCCUAAAGCGGCACCAGAAGCGGAGACUGUGCAACCUACCACAGAAAAAGAGGAAUACGACAUUGUGUAUGGAGAAGAUCCGGACUCUGAUGAGGGUGCCGUGUGGCCAUUGAAAGAAGGCCGCGUGACAGAGUGGUCCUGUCUAUUUGCACUGCUUACCCACAUCUAUAAUACGUUAAGCCCCCCAUUCCACACGCCGAUCCUUCUUAUUUCUCAGCCUCGAUGGACAGCUCAAGAUCACGAGAACCUGACCCAAUUCUUCUUUGAGAAAUUCAAGACCCCUGCCUUUGCCAUCAUGGACUCCGCCUUGGCAGUCUGCUACGCUUAUGGCGUGCCAAGCGGGACCGUUGUCGACGUGGGAUAUGAGAAGGCAGACGUCACCGCCGUCACCGAGUUCUUGGUUCAUGACGUCGGGAGGGGUAUUGCUGUAUCCGGAUGCGGAGGUAAUGCGCUGACGGAACGCUUGUUUGGGCUACUCGGUUCUAAGGGCUUCACCCGCGACAUGUGCGAGCAACUCAAGCGGAGUAACAUAUGUGAAGUAUUGCCCUCUGGCACCGCCCUACCGGGCUCAGAGACGCGGCGCAAAGAAGAGGUCAAUCCUGCCGCCCAGGUGUCGACGGGUGCAAGUGAAUCGGGACCCGGUCACCGUGAUUCUGCUGGCGCAAGAGGUGAUGCUCCGCGAGGACCUGGACAGGAUACGGACGCAGGAAGCGAGCCCAAGAAUGGAAAGGAGGAAGAUGAUACUGAGGGCGUUAUUGAUGUCGCAGGUAUCGUCGCGAGCGGAAAGACAUCGGAAUAUAUCGCCCAGAAAGAGAAAGAAAGACAAGAACGCGCUGCAGCUAGAAAAGUAAGCGCUGGCUCUGGUGAAGCGCCACCAUCGAAACAAACGAAACUUCCCAACUCAAAGAGGGACCGAAAUACCUUCAUGUACGAACAACGUUUGUCUGAAGAGGAGCUCGUGGAGGAGGGCCGCAACGCCAAGAGGCAGAAGACUCCUGAACCGCCCGCUAACGACGGUGCUGUUGCUGGGUCGGAAGAGAAACCUACCACGGGUGAGGUGCAGACGGAAGGGGCCUCCAGCGAGACGAGCACGGCAACAGCGCAACCCACUGAAGCUCCUCUGCCGGUUCCAGAGAAGCAAGACGACGCCAAGGAAGUUGAGCAACAACAGCAGAUCCAGUUCUCAUCAACUCCCCAAUCAGGCAUUCGAAGACGAGAGGUUGAAGUUGGCAAGGAAAGAUUCAUGUCUGCCACCGGCGGGAUUCUGGAGCGUCUUGCCGACGCAAUCCACCGCACCAUCCUUGCCGUAGAGGAUAUUGGCAAAAGAGGCGAGCUGUGGGAGUCAAUGAUAAUUCUAGGCAAUGGGUCCCGAGUCAAAGGCUUCAAAGAUGCCUUACUCUCGACAUUGAAUAGUAAAUAUCUCAUCUCUCCUUCUUCUGCCACCAUCUUCACCUCUGAGCUGCCUUCAAAUCUCUCUACGCCCCUCGCUACUGGCGCUAGCACACCCCUGCCCCAGGCUCCAGGCGCUCUAUCGCACAGUGGUACUGGCAGUAAUGUAAAUCCACUGCUGUAUGCCGCCACAACCGCCUCUAACCCUACGCUCAACCAAUCCAAUUCUGUUGCUGGCGUCCACAAUGUGCACUCCUCCCACGGUCAGACACCUACCAGCAUCAAAAUUGUCAAAAUACCCGAAUAUUUCCCCGAAUGGAAGGAGGCUGGCUUUGAAGAGGCUGCAUUCCUAGGAGCCCAGGUCGCCGCAAAGGUCAUCUUCGUAGUUGACCAGGGCCUGAGCAAGGGGUUCAUGUCUCGUGUUGAGUAUAACGAAUUGGGUCCUCAGGGUAUUCACGAAACCGCAUUAUAAAAAUUCAGGGUAUCACGGCCAGGGCUACCGGCUUUAGUUCAAAUAGGCGUUGGGCAAUUUGUGUCACUUAUCAGAUUCCAUGGUGUAAUUGAUAGAAUGUUUGCAUUGGACCGUUGC